AUGUAAUUUUUGAAGUCCUACCUCACUGAUUAUAUCAAUACCUAUGUUUUUGAAUACUUUGAUAAUAUUUCCAAAGAAUAAGUUACUACUCAAUUAUCUAAAGGAUAAAUACAAUUAAAUAAUAUGUAAUUCAAACCUAACAUCUUUAAAAAAUUCAAUCUCCCUUUAAUCAUAAGAGAAAGCAUCAUUAAUAAUAUUAGUAUCACUUUAGGAAAACAAUAUUCUAUUAAAAUAGAUACUCUUCAUAUUGUAAUAGAAAUACUCAAUUUAUAUGGAAAUUUUAUUAUGGAAAGUGCUAUCAAAUUAUAAAUUCUUGAUAAAUUUAAAAAUACCUUAGUUGAAGAUCUUUUAAAAGCUAUGGCAGCUUAAGACAAAUAAUAAUAAGACCCUAAAAAGAAAUUCGCCUUCAAUUUAAUCCAAAAUAUGGAAGUUGAAUUAACUAAUUUAAACAUUACUAUUAUUGAUAAAUAUUGCACUCAAAACUCUUUCGGUAUCAAAUUAGAACAUUUAACAUGCAAAUCCUCAUCCAAUCCUAAUCAAUCUAAAUUAAGAAAUAUUGAAAUCAAGAAUCUUCAAUUAUUUUGGUAAGAUCCUGUUACUUAAUUAAAUGCUUACGCUACUCUUGAAGACGUAGCAGAAUUAAACUCUGAUAUCCUCUCCUUUUAAUUAGGAAUUGUAUUUGAUCGUCUAUAAUUUAAUUGCUCUAAAAAUUAAUGUAAUUCUAUAUAUCGAUUUUCUGACUAUAUAUCAUAAUUUACUAAAAGAUAAAAUUAAUAAGUGGAACAGAGUCAGAAUAAGGAAGAUGAUGAAAAAACAAAAGCUGAAAUUAAGAAUAUCUUAAAAAGCAUCUCUCUAACAGAGUCAUCAAUGGAAUCACAAGCGUAUGAAUAAUUAUGUUAACUUGCAUAAACAUAAUCUAUUAAUGAUCUAAAAUAAAUACAAUUUGAAAUUUUGAAAUAUGAUAAAGGCGAGGAAAUUUUUUAAUUGAGAAAAAAGAAACUAGGUUGGUUUGGAGGAAUGGUGAAAAAUGAUAAAAAAAUGGAAGAAAAAAUUAUUAAUAUACUAGAUGUAUUAGAAUAAGAUCCCAAUAUGUAGUAAUAAUAUCUUAAAAGUCUUUAACUUAAAUUUGAAUUAGUUAUAAAUUAAUGUCAAAUAGGCUUAUCUUCUAUUUACAGAGGAUAAUUGAAUUAAUUAAUUAUCAAUUUCAAAAAUAUAAGUAUGUCAAUGAUAAAAACUAAUUAAUUGCAACUAGAUUUUACUGUUAAAUAAGCUGAAGCUCUCUUAUAAUAUUAAGAUAAAAUAAAUUAUUUAAUUUCCAAAAAUACAAAUUUUGAAGAUAGAUAUAUUUUAGAAUUACAUCUCAUUAAUGAAGAAAAAAAGGAAAGUCUUUUUAUUUAAACUUGUCCCUUUUAAAUUCUAUUUAAUCAAGAAGCAUUUGAAAAAUAUUACGAUUUAUUUUAUUUUUUUGUAGUAUCAGAAAAUUAACUACCUAAAUUAACUAGGAAAGCUAAAGAACAAAUUUAAGAUAUUGUUAGCGAUAAAAAAGAAAAGGAUAUAAACUUUAAAUUUGAGAAAGUAUACAUACUUUCAACAAAUAGUAAAGAAACAUUUUUAUUCAGUCCAGGAUCAUUAGAAUUUAAUUAUAAAACAUAAAAUUAAUCUCUAUAUAAGAUUAAAAUAUCUGACACUACUUUUGGAUUUUCUGAAAAAAUUAGUUCAUGUAUUAAUUUUAUAAAUCAAGAGUAUUGUUUCAACAGUAUAAUAAUUUCUAGAGAUUUUUUUAAAAUAACAAAAUGUGAUAUUGAUCUCAUAAUUUAUUUUUAGGAUAAUUAAAUUAAGUCAAUAUUAGAAUUAGGUGAUUUGACUUUUUAAAUUAAUCCUAUUAUUUAUAAAUACUUGUAUUAAUUUUAUGGAACUCAUUUUUAAUAACCAUUAAAGGAAUUGAAAAAUCAACUUAGAAGUAAUGAAGAGAAUCAACUUAAAUUUUGUUUUUUUUAUAAUCCCCAUAAUUAAAAUAAAAUUAAAUGUAGAUUUACAUUUUAGAAAAAUUUCUUAAAUUUAUAUGAAGUUGAAAAAGAUGAGAAAAUUAUGAAAAUAGAUUUAGAAAAUAUAUCAUAUUAAAAAUUAACAAUAAAUUAAGAUCAAGUUUUAAAAUUAAUAACAAAUAACUAAAAUAUACAAUUAGAUUUUUAAACAGAUGAAGAUAGAGAAUUAAUUGUAAAUUAAUGUUAAAUUUCUCGUAAUGAUAAUUAUUUUGUAAAAAGUAUUUUGUAAUAAAAUUAAACUGACAGUGUGAAUUUUUAAAAAAACUAAUAAUUAAAUUAAGAGAGCUUAUCAUCAUUUGAAAUGAAAUUAAAUAGUAUUUAUAUUGUAGUUUUUGAAAAUAAUAAUUAACCAUGUCUUAAUGUUCAAAUUGCUAAUUUAAAUUAUUUAAGUGUGGGUUCAUAAUUGUAAUAAAAUACAACCUUAAAAUUUAAUCAUUUCAUUAUUACUAGAGAUGUUAAGUGUUAAAAUCAUUAUUUUCAAGAUAAAAAAUUUUUAGAAAUUGAAAAUGAUUAAAAUUACUCAGCAAUAGUUGAGUAUUCUAAGCAAUUAAAUGAAGAAUCUACAGUUAAAUUUUCACUUCCUUAUUGUCUUUUAAGCUACAGAGCUAAAAUAAUAGGUUAAAUAUUAGAAUUUUAUCCUAUUGAAAUGAAAUAAGAUUGGAAUUUAACAAAAUUUAUCAUAAAUUCUUAUUUAACAUAGUAUCCAGAUCUUUAAAUAAUUUGUAACAAAAUGAUAGUUGAAAUAAAUUUGAAAUAAAUUUUAUUUAAAUAGAGUGAACUUAAAUAAAUUAAAUGGUCAUAAAAUUUCAUUUCAAUUAUGUUUCUAUAAGAUUCACCAGAUGAAGAUUGUUUAUAAUUUACUAGUGUUCCUUAAGGAAUAUUGAAAGUUUAGAAUUAAAAAGAAAUGAUUAUAUAAAUUAUGCUUUAAGAUGCUUAAGCAAUAUUUACUUAAUAACAAACACUUUAAUCAAGUAUUUAUAAGAGAAAAAGUACUAAAAAAGUACUUUUAUCAUCUUGCAAUAUCUUUUUUGAUUGGCAACUAGUAUUUUAAACAAAAGUGAUAAAUCAUUAAAUGAAUUUGAGAAUAAAUUAAUUAAAAGUCACACUGGGUACUUAAGAUAUUUGUUAUAUCAUUAAAGAAAUGAAAAAAUUAUCAAAUUAAAUAAAAGAUUUCUAUGAUUCUCAUGAUAUUGCUAGUUAUCUAAUUUAAUAUAGAGAAAAGACAUAUUCAUUAACAGUUGGUGUUGAAACUAUAAUAUAAGCAGUAUUUAUAGAUGAUUUUUUAAAUUCAUCAUUACCAAUGUUUGGUAUAAUUUAGAAGUAACCACUUUUGAAAUUACAAUUAAAUUAAAACGAUAUGUAUUAUUACACUAGAAAUCUAUUUGAAUUAUAUAAUUAUCAUUCUACUAAAUUUGUAUGGGAACCAAUUAUUGAACCUAUUUAUUUAGAACUCAUUUUAUAAAUUUCUAAUCUAAAGCCUAAGAUCAAUCUAGACUUUAAUAUACAAGAUAUCUGUAAUAUUAAUAUAUCAAUGGAAAUAUUAUCCAAUAUAUUGAAAUUUAAGAAUUUAAUUAAAUCAUCUUAACUUAAUGAACAGAAAUAAGGAAAUAGGCAGAUAAAUUAAAAUUAUUCUUAAAUAAUUACAUAUGAAACUUAUGAAAUAUUUAAUUCGAGUGGUUUAUUAAUUGUAGCUUAGGGAGAAGAUAGACAAACAUUUGAAUUAACAAAUUUAUAGAAAAAACUUACAAAAUGUAAUGGAGUUUUCUAAUUUGAUAUCUAUGGAAUAAAUACUACUAUCAAAAUAUAAAAUUGGUCUUUGAAAUAAUAGAAAAAAAAAGUCAUAUAAGAAAAAGGUUUAACUUUAAUAAUUGAAACAAUUGUAGAUGAAUUUAUGAAUUCCUCUAGAACAAUAAUUAGUAGCAAUAUUCUAUUAAUAAAUUAAACUCCCUUUCCAUUAUAAAUUAAAAUUUCUCAUUAAGAAAUACUAAAUUUAGAUAAAAGUAUUAGACAUUAAUAAUUUCAAAAAUUUUAAAAGUAUCAAAACAUUUAUUAAAUUCCAAGUCAUUAUCAAAAAGGUUAAUUUUGUCUCUUUGAAAAUAAUUAAUCAUCUGAAAAUUUUAAUUAUUCAAAUAUUGUUUAAAAAUUAAAAAAAGACAAUUUUGAAAUUUUAAGUCUGAAUAAAAAAUUCUUUAGAAUAAAAUGUGUACAUGAUCCUUUAAUGAAGGAAAGAUCAAUAAUCUCAAUAGUUCCAAUUGUUGAAUUCAUUAAUCAAACACCUUUUAAAAUUAGAAUAGAUAAACAUUGUCCUUAAGCUAAAUAAUUUACAAAUUUCAUUAUAAUGUAGAAUGAAAUAGUACCAGAUUGUGAAAUAAAUCCUUCUAUUGAAUACUUAUUUAGUUUUUCAAUUGAUCGAUAUUAUUAAUCUAUAUAAUAUUCAUUUGAUGAUUUGAUGAAAGAAAGGAGUGUGCUUUUGGAAGAUGAAAAAUGGUAAUUAAACUAUGACAAAAAGAAUUUAGCUUUAUAGUUAUUGAUAAGGCCAAAAAUAGAUAAUUAUGGAAGACAUCAAAUUAUUAUUUAAUUUGAUAAGCCUUACUUAAUUAAUAAUACAAAAUUAGAUUUAAUAUUUUAUUAAGGAAUUGAAAAGAAUUUAGAGAUUUUAGGAGGAUAAAAAUAAAAUACAUCUUAAUAAUUGAUUACUCUUAAAAAGAUUUAAGAUAAACAUAUAUUAAUUUUUGAAGAAAGAAAUACAAACUUAAAAUCAUAACCUUUAAUGUUAACUCAAAUCAUAAAUUCAGAGACUUUAUACAUUUAAAAAAAAGAGAAUAAUCAGCUAUAUUAUCUUCCAAUACAAAUAGAGAAAAAUGUUAUUUAAAUGGGAGAUUAAACUAUUCCAUAUUUUGAGUUGUGUUAUAAAUAUAUGGUUUUUAAUAGAUUGAAUUAGAUUGUUUAACUUUGUUAUGAAGAUAAAAAAAUCAUAUUGGAACCUUUUAUUAAAUUACCUUUAUAAAUUUGGAAUUAAAAUCUUUUGAAUGAUGCUGAUCUACCCUAUGAAUGUUCUUUAAAAAUUAAUUUUGAAAAUUAUGUCUUACAAACUGCAAGAUUCAAUAUAAUGGCUUAAUAACAAUUCAUUAUGUUGUUAAGAUCAAUUGAUCUGUGUAUUAGACUAUUUAUAAAAGUAUCUAUUUUAGAAUUAAAAGGAUAAUUUAUAUUUUUUAUUGAUGAAAUUGAAAAUUAACAAGAUUUUCCAUACAUUAUUAUAAACGAAUCUAAAUCCUUAUAAAUAUAAUUAAAAAGUGAUAAUGAAACUUUAACUUAUGGAGAUCGGUUUCCUUUAGCUAAUUCUUAUCAAACUGAUAGGGAAUUUACUUAUCUAGUUAAUUUAAAAGAUUAAAAGAUGAAAUGGGAGAAUUCGAUAUAAUUUUAAUUAAUGUUAGAUUAGAUUGGAUUAAAUGGUACGAUAGAAAUAAAUCGAUAGAAAUAUGAUUAUACUGUUAUUUAAAUAGCAUAGUAGAAAUAAUUUAUUUUUAAAGAUUUUCAAUAAUUAAGUCAAAGUUAGAUAUAAAUAGAAUAAGAAAAAAUUUAAUAUAUUUUGGAACUUAAAAUGCAGAUUUUUGGAUGCACAAUAUCUUAUUUUGAAAAUUUAAAAUAUUAAUAUAAGGAAUUAGCAAUUUGUUUUUUAGAAAAUAUAAUAAUGAAUUAUUAAUCAAACGAACAGAAUUAUAAAUAGAUAAAUUUUAAGUUAUAAAAAAUACAAAUAGACUCUUAAUCGAAAAGUUUGUCUGAAGAAAAGACUAUUUUAUUUUCUGAAGUUUAAUAAUCAUAGAAUUCAAUAGAAUUUGAAUUCAGAUUAGAUGGAUCUGCAUAAAAUUGCAUUUGUGUUGAUUUAGUAAAAAUAAAUUUUGGAAAUUUUUAAUUUUGUAUGGAUUAAAGAUUAAAAGAUAAAUAAGAAUAAAUUUAGGCAUAAUUUUAUGAUUUAAUUGGUUAAUAAUCAAUUUAAAAUUCAAGAAAUUAAUAACUUACUGAAUUAGAAAUACCAACAAAUUUGAAUAAAAAAAUUAAUUCAAUUUAAAUCAAAUAAGCUAAGAUAUUUGUCAAAAAAUUAAUUUUAUGUCCGAUAAAAAUGAAAAUAUCUUAUUUAUAAGAUAUUUAUUAAUUAGAGAGGUAACAUUUUGUUUAAGAAAACUUUAUAAGUUCACCAUCUAAUUUAUUUCAUAAAAUAAUGAAAAAGUAUAUUUUUGGAGAUUCAAAGUUUUUAUUUAAUAUGAUAGGUUAAUUCUUAAUAAAUAAACUAAAUAUAAAUCAAACUAAAUUGACAAAUUGGAAUGAAAUAAGAAUAAAAAGAGUAUUGUAUGAAUAAAUGAAAUUUUAUAAAGUCUUUAAUAAACAAUAAGCUAAAAAUUAUUAAAUUUUAAAGUAAGCUUAGAAAUGUGAUCGCAACAGAGAGUAUUCUAAUAAAAAAUUUAUAAUUAUUAGUAUUCAUGAGGUACUUUAAAAAGGUUAGACUAAAAUAUUAUACAUUUGUGAUCAACAAAUAUUUUUCAUACAUCAAAACCUUAUUUAGAAUUAUAUGGAGUAUGAAACCAUAUAAUUAGUAUAUUCAUAACCAGAUAUUUUGCAUCUUCAUAUAGUAAGUGAAAAAGAAGAAAUAACAUUAUUAUUGGAAGAUUAAUAAGAUUUAUAAAUUGCAACAUAAAAUUUAAAUAGAUUUUAAAAUUGA